AUGGAGACCUUUUCGAGGCAACAACACAAACACCACGAUAUCAGCAUCACGACCAAAGAUGUUUCUUCACGAAAAGCAAAACCUGGUCCUAUUCGUUCAUGGUUAUGGGAGACUCUUUCGUUAUUGUUGGCUCUGGGCUUGUUGAUAGCUACGAUCGUCAUCCCAGCACAGAACAACAACAGAGUCUUGACACCAUGGCCAUACGACAUCAGUCUCAACACAAUUAUUGCUAUCCUUAGCACUUUUAUGAGAGCCUCGAUGUUGCUUGUCGUUGCAGAGCUCAUCGGUCAGAUGGGCUGGAAUUCUAUGCAGAAGCCUCGUCCUGUCACCGAUCUUCAUCAUUUCAACAAUGCUAGUCGUGGCAUUCUUGGAGCACUGAAGCUAUUCUGGACCGUUCCUCCACGGCUCACAAGUAUCAUCGCCGCUCUCGUCAUCAUUAUAUCUCCUGCAAUCACCCCUUUUGCCCAGCAGUCUGUCAGCACAGUCCCCUGCGCAAGAACAGUCGAAGGCGCGCAAGCAUCUCUGCCAAUCACUCAUUACGUCCCUGCCUUCAACUCAACCUUUCAAACAGGUUCCGCCAGCGUUGAACUUUCAGGUGACAUGAAAGUCGCCAUGAUGAACGGUCUUGUCAACCCUAUGGGUAAGGACACAGCAAUAGCUGCAACCUGCUCUACUGGAAACUGCACAUUUCCGGCAAACUCCCAGGGAAUAACCCAUUCCUCUGUUGCCAUGUGCAGUGCAUGUAUUGACACCUCGGUGUUCAUCGAGUUGAGCAUUAGCAAGUUCAACAGUAGUGGAGCCUCGGGCUACGCUGGCAAAGUUUACAACUACAGUCUGCCAAAUGGACAGUGGAUUCAGGCUGUUACCAAUAGCCAGGUCAUGGUCAUGUCUGGAGACUUAGACUGGGCGCUCAACACACCCAACUCUAGGUUUGCCCAGUUGGCCAAAGUCGCUAUUUCCAACAUCACGACCCUAAGCUUCACGCAAAAGGGCUGCAACGUCACUACCAGCACGAACGCAACUUGUCCUGAGGAUAGGCUGACCUCAAAAGUCCCAGUAUCUCUUCGCUAUCACUAUGCCGUAGCAACCUCAUGUGCCCUGUAUCCUUGCAUCAAGAAAUACUACGGCAAGGUAGAUAGAGGUUCGCUCAUCGAGAAGGUUGUUGACGAGCAGCCCAUCGACUACGAUAGGGCUACCAAUGACGAGGCAGGAGAUCGUGUUGGCGUGCAAACGCCCUGUCUUAUAGAUGGCAAGGAAUAUAAACUUGCCAACUUUUCUCAAACCAAGGAUCCCUCAGACUCAGAAACAGUUGUCCCAGUCGAUGGAAUCAAUUAUACUGUUCCGCAUCAAUGUGUCUACAGACUCACCUUUCGGUACCGGCAAGGACUGAGGCGCUUCAUUGAGAAAACACUCUUCAACACCGUCUGCUUGGCCAAUGAAGUCGGUGGCGCCAAAGACCAGCUGGACUGUGGCGACCAAUGGUGGCUACCUCCCCUCUACAACUCAACAUUUGAAGGUCUCGAUAGUUCCUUUGAUCUGUUCACAACCGCUAUAACAAACAACUUCCGCAAGCAGGGCAUACAGAUAAGAGGUAGCUCCCAGGUAGAGAACGACAAGGCCUCUGGCCAAGCUACAGAGAUGGCUAUCUGCACCGUGUUUGAUUGGCGGUGGGUGCUGUUGCCAGCUGGUCUAGUGGCCAUCACGAUGCUGUUGUUGAUAGUUGCGGUUGUGCAAGGGUUCACGAACCCAGGAAUGCCAGUGUGGAAGACUUCGAUUCUUCCCUUGUUGUUUUAUGGACCUAAUGUUGUGGGUCAGACGCAGGAGACGGACUUGGAUGAUUUGCAGAAGGAGGCUGGGAGGGUAAUAGUCAGGAUUGAACAUGAUGAGAGCGUUAGGCUUGGACAGGUUGAUACUUGGGGGACGGAAAGUUGA